CAGCCUUGGCUUCCGCAGUUGGGAGCAGCUAGGGGGAGAGUCCUAGCUGCGGCUUUGCCCGGAGGCUGGGAGCUACUGCCUGCUUUCUCCGGUUCUUUCCUGGCGUCUGGAAGUCUCCAGAGGUUCCCCCCCCAACCUCCCGUAAACUGCCAUCCAAAUUAAUAAUCCUAAUAACCUGAUCUCCUGCUCCUCCCCACCCUCUCGCUCCCUCCCCGACUCCUUCCUCCCUCCCUCCUUUCCAUCUCCUGGGUUGCGCCGGGGGGAAACCCAGCAGCUGCCCCGGGUCGGGGGUGUCCGAGCCUGGAGGGGGUGUUGGACCCUGGAGGGUCGAGGCGAUGGUCCCCAGGGCUUAUGUUUGCCCUCUGCGCCGAGAACUCCGGCCGCCCCCGCCGCCGAGCGCAUGGCUCGUUACAUCCCUAGGCAUCUCGUUCCCAAAUUAAAAGUCUACAGGGGAAACUCGGGCAGAUACCCCUCCUCCCGGGCCCCUCCCGGCUCCCCCGCCCCAGGCCGGCUGGGGAGGCAGCCUGGUGCGGAGGCGGCGGCGGCGGCUGCCGAGGCGGAGGCAAACUGUGGGUGACCGCGCCUGCUGGGGACUUCACCAUCCGUGCACUGGGACCCGGGGAAGAAGAACCAGAAGCUCCCCAUCCCCUCCACCAUUGCGGGGACUCCUCAGGGAUUCGUUUUGGGGUUCUCACUGACUUCUAAGGACGCGUUGCCCCUCUCCGACCCCAGCUCAGGCGGCCACCUGUCUUUGCCACGGUGACCCUUCUCUCAUGACCCUGCGGUGCCUCGAGCCCUCCGGGAAUGGCGCGGAAGGGACGCAGAGCCAGUGGGGGACCUCGGGGUCGGCGGAGGAGCCGUCCCCAGAGGCGGCGCGACUGGCGAAAGCCCUGCGGGAGCUUAGUCACACAGGUUGGUACUGGGGAAGUAUGACUGUUAAUGAAGCCAAAGAGAAAUUAAAAGAGGCACCCGAAGGAACUUUCUUGAUUAGAGAUAGUUCGCACUCAGACUACCUACUAACAAUAUCUGUUAAAACAUCAGCUGGACCAACUAAUCUGCGCAUCGAAUACCAAGACGGGAAAUUCAGAUUGGACUCUAUCAUAUGUGUCAAGUCCAAGCUUAAGCAAUUUGACAGUGUGGUUCAUCUGAUCGACUACUAUGUUCAGAUGUGCAAGGAUAAGCGGACGGGCCCAGAAGCCCCCCGGAACGGCACCGUUCACCUCUAUCUGACCAAACCGCUCUACACAUCAGCACCACCCCUGCAGCAUCUCUGUAGACUCACCAUUAACAAAUGUACCGGUACUAUCUGGGGACUGCCUUUACCAACAAGACUAAAAGAUUACUUGGAAGAAUAUAAAUUCCAGGUGUAAGUGUUUCUCGUUUGCUAAACACGCCUCCUGUAGCGUCUCUCGGAAUGCAGCUCUGUGAGAGAGGACCCAGACCCCAGACGGGAGUGCCGGCCCUGGAGGACCCCGCGGAACGCUAAGAACCGCUGAAGGCCAUCUCACUUAAACGCGUGGCAAGGUAGCUAGGUCUUUAAAGCUCCCCCAGAUCUUUUCCCCUGAGGGGUACUUCCCUCCGUAAGACUGACCGAGACCAUUUGAUCCAUUUCAGUUAAAGAGCAAAUGUCCCAAGGAAAGGCUGAAGGAACAUUUGAUCAGGACUCUGCCUUUCUGAGGUUGCUUUCUGUUAAGUGGCAGGUCCCAGCGCCGGGGGUAGAGAAGGCGCUCCCUCCCCUUGGGCCGCCGAAGUGGAGGGAACCAAACUGACACAGGCUUCAGCGCAGUUUUGAUUGCCUGGUGAUCAGUCUCUUUUAGGAGAUGGGGUACUUGGCAUUCUGGUGUACCUAGGAGAUGUGUUAAACAGACGUGCUUGUGAGUAUUUAUCCUUCAUUUUAUGCAAUUAACCAAAUCCACCAAAAAAAAGUGACCAUGAAAUCCUGUCUUUGUCUUUUUACUACAUGUAUGAACUCUCUCCUGUGAAUGAGUACUGUAGUAAUCCAUUUCAAGGGAGCCUUAUUUCAGAAAUAUUUCACACUGGUGCACACGGAAAAGACUUCUUCUUUUCCUUUAAGGCUAAAGACAAGAAUGUCCUGCUAUACAGGUGCAACUCAAUCCCUGUUCAUAAAACCCUGUAGAUAGAGACAUUUUACCCUUGGAAGGAGCUGUGUCCCACAACGUGGUUGCCAUUGAUUCUUUGCAAAUGGCUUUAGAAAUUUCCAAGGGGUCUAACCGUGGACAUUCACAGGUGUCUCCCUUCUACCAUGUAGAACCCUUUGGCUUAAUUUUCUUCCAGAUAUGGGGGGAUACCUGCCUGUUUUUCAAAGUGUUUAUUUACUGCUGUUACUAUUUGAUUAGAAUGUAUUAAAUAAAAAAAAACCGGACUUUUA